AAAAUAAUUCUUAGCCAUUAGUCACAUUUUUCUCCCGUGUUUUCUAUUUCGUGUAAGAAAUUCUUUAAUUUAAAAAAAAAUUCAAAAUGAAAAUUUUUCCAUUUACAUUAACUCUUGUGAGUAUUUUAUUGUCGGUAAUUUAUGCACUACCGUCAUUUCCAAUUUCGUUAAAUCCAGCUGAUGCUCUCAAAAAUGUUCCAAAUCCAAUAAAUGCUGCAUCAAAUUUGGCUAAUACUUUCGGACAAACUGCCCAACAAGCUGCCCAACAAGCGGCCGAACCAUUAAAAACUGCAUCAAAUUUGGCCAGUACUUUCGGACAAAUUCCCCAGCAAGCGGCCGAUUCAAUAAAAAAUGCAUCAAAUUUGGCUAAUACUUUCGGACAAGCUGCCCAACAAGCUGCCCAAAAAGCGGCCGAACCAUUAAAAACUGCAUCAAAUUUGGCCAGUACUUUCGGACAAAUUCCCCAACAAGCGGCCGAUUCAAUAAAAAAUGCAUCAAAUUUGGCUAAUACUUUCGGACAAGCUGCCCAACAAGCUGCCCAAAAAGCGGCCGAACCAUUAAAAACUGCAUCAAAUUUGGCCAGUACUUUCGGACAAAUUCCCCAACAAGCGGCCGAUUCAAUAAAUGCUGCAUCAAAUUUGGUCAACACUUUUGCACAAAUUCCCCAGCAAGCGAAACAAAUUGCAGACACUGCUACGAAAGGUUCGGGUUUAUUGCUAAAUGUCGUUCCACGUAUUGACAAAUUGAUUAACACGGUGAGAAAUCUUGCGAAGGAUUUAACACUCGGAAUAUCGGAAGUUGCAUUUAAAGGAGUAUUGGGACUUCCGUCCGAUGAUGAUAAGUAAUAGAACAAAAUCAUCGUGAAUUAAAUAUCUAUAAAUAAAUCAUUUGGAGAAAUAUUUA